UAAACCAAAAGAAGAAGAACAAGAACAAGAAGAAGAAGAACCACUACAUGACCCAGUAGACUUUGCGGUUCGCGAAUCGAGAGAGUUGUGUCGACCUUGGAGUUUGACGUGCGGCAGCAUGGCUAACAAGGAGCCUAAUCGCUUUGUCCAGCAUCUGAGGGAUCUGGCAGGUCGAAUGUCUUCACCUGGUGGCAGAGGGGCAGGAUUAGGACUGAAGCUGCUGCUUGGAGCUGGUGCUUUGGCAUAUGGCAUUAAAGAAGCCACCUUCACAGUGGAGGGAGGUCAGAGAGCCGUCAUCUUCAACAGGAUUGGAGGAAUGCAGAUGGACACUGUUCUGGCUGAGGGGCUGCAUUUCAGGAUCCCUUGGUUCCAGUACCCUAUCAUCUAUGAUAUCAGAGCCAAACCCAGGAAGAUCUCCUCUUUGACUGGGAGCAAAGAUCUUCAGAUGGUAAACAUUGCUGUGCGAGUGUUGUCCAGGCCCAUGGCAUCCAACCUACCAGUCAUGUAUCAACAUCUGGGGAAGGACUACGAUGAGAGAGUCUUGCCCUCCAUUGUCAAUGAGGUCCUCAAGUCUGUGGUGGCAAAGUUUAACGCCUCACAGCUCAUCACACAGAGAGCACAGGUGUCCCUGCUGGUCCGAAGGGAGCUGUUUGAAAGAGCCAAAGACUUUAACAUCAUUCUUGAUGAUGUAGCCAUCACUGAGCUGAGCUUCAGCAGCCAGUACACUGCUGCUGUGGAGGCCAAGCAAGUUGCCCAGCAAGAGGCCCAGAGAGCCCAGUUCUAUGUGGAGAAAGCAAAACAGGAUCAGAAACAGAAGAUCAUCCAGGCUGAGGGAGAGGCUGAAGCUGCCAGAAUGCUGGGCCAGGCAGUAACCAAGAACCCAGGUUACCUGAAGCUGAGGCGAAUUAGAGCAGCACAGAACAUUGCUAAGACGGUGGCAUCAUCUCAGAACAAGGUGUACCUUAAUGCUGACAGUUUGGUCCUGAACUUACAAGACCAGACAUUUUUUAACAA